UUACUCAGACACAGACACCAGAAGCUAGAGGUUAUGGAUCCAAAACAGAUCAAAGAGGGAUAUCUGGUCAAAAAGGUAAGGGUGAUAGAGGAAAAUAUGUUCCUGUCAAAUAACCUUGAUUAGUGUAGGUCUUUGUGUUUACCUUGGGCCAGACUUUAAUACUGUAGAUUUGCUGGACAGCUUAGUUACUAGACAAUAGAUUAUCUCACAUUUGAGAAGGUUAGGAACAAGAUCCAUCGAUGGAGACGAUGACAAGAGUUAGAAACAUCAAGUCAGCGGGCAAUAUGUUUGACCAUUUACAUGUCCAACUUCAGCUGUCAGUCAAGUGCUUUAAAUGAAAUGGAAGGUUAGUGUAGUAGUUCUAUGACUAUUUCCAUUUGGCCUGAGACUUGAUCGCUUUAGAUGUUUAGAAACUGAAUGCAGAUAGCAACAAAACUGUUUCCCCCACAAACCACAUUAGCUAAAAAAUAAUAAUACUUCGUAUUUCUCAUGGCCUGACAAAUGACUAACACAGAUGAUGGGUCUCGUCAAAAUGGACUGACUCUUAGUCUGGGGUCAGAUGAUGACGGAUAACCCAUGACCUCACUGGAUUAAUCAAAAUCUAACUUAAUAGAAGAUGAUGGAAUAAUCUUCCCAUAAAUCUUACAGGUAGAAUAAACCUCUUCAGAACUGCAUGGCUCCCAAAGUUUUUAUAUUUAUUCUCCUCAAUACCAAUGACAUUUUAGUCAUUUAGCAGACGCUCUUAUCCAGAGCGACUUACAGGAGCAAUUAGGGUUAAGUGCCUUGCUCAAGGGCACAUCGACAGAUUUCACCUAGUCGGCUCGGGGAUUAGAACCAGCGACCUUUCAGUUACUGGCACAACGCUCUUAACCACUAAGCUACCUGACCUCACCGAAGAGAUUCUUUAAAAAAGUAUACUCGGUCAUAACAGACUUUAUUUGGGCAAAUUAAACUCAUAGAAUAAAAAGGAACGUUUUACAUCUUCCUAAAUCUGAGGGUACUUUUUAACCUUCCAGACUUGGAAUUGUAUCAACUCUCCACCCAGUGUGGAGGAACAAUGGGUACAUAUUGAAGAUGCGCAUGCUCAUUCCCAGAAUCCUUUCACGUGUCAAUUUUCAAAGGAUAAAGCUUAGAACAUGAACAACUUCAUAGUUAAGAACACUAUAACAAUAUGGAAGAAAAUGAAAUGUAUUAUACAAGAAUCAAUAUCACUCCCUAAAAACAUUACCAUAAUGAACAAUCCUUGGAUAGCUUUUCAGAAUUCACAGAUAAAUUGGUCCACAUGGAAGACUAAAGGCAUAGAAACCGUAAAUGACUUGGUAACAGGAAAUACACGUAUUUCCAUGACAGAAUUAAAACGCAAUUUUGGACUGACCACUGUAGAUAUUUUCAAAUACAUGCAACUUCAAAUUUUUAUAUCAAGAAAUUUCGAUUUGAAAUCUUUUGGACAUCAGAGAAAUCUUGAGGGAAUCCUAUUUGAGUCAGAAAAGGAUAUUCAUAUGAUAUGUAAGAUAUACAAAAUCUUGCAGAGAGCCUAUCCAACUGAAACUAUUGGAACCAAGACUUAAAAAUAACUGAUAUUGGCACAAGAUGGAGGGAAUGUUGGAACAUAACUAACAAAAUGACAGUUAACUAAAAUGUACAUGCUUAAUCCAGUAUAAACAAAUGUAUAGAAUUUAUUACACAAGAGACACAAUUCACAAAUUCUACAGCACAAUGGCAGAGUCAUGUCUUAAGUGUAAAACUAACAAUGACUCAAUAAUCCAUGCCUUCUGGGAAUGCUAUGGGCGGAGUUAGAAAGUUGGCUUUUUUUAAUCCAUCUGUCUGCAUAUUUAAAUGACAUGGCAUAUGAGGGUGCAGUGAGAUACCCGAUGGGUUGAACGAUACAUUUCUCACCAAUUAUCUAGAAAACCGUAUACUUAAAAACUGGAAAUCAACAAAUCCUCCAUUGUUAACACAAUGGAAUGGUCAAAUGCUUUAUUAUCUACAGUGGGGAAAAAAGUAUUUAGUCAGCCACCAAUUGUGCAAGUUCUCCCACUUAAAAAGAUGAGAGAGGCCUGUAAUUUUCAUCAUAGGUACAUGUCAACUAUGACAGACAAAUUGAGGAGAAAAAAAUCCAGAAAAUCACAUUGUAGGAUUUUUAAUGAAUUUAUUUGCAAAUUAUGGUGGAAAAUAAGUAUUUGGUCACCUACAAACAAGCAAGAUUUCUGGCUCUCACAGACCUGUAACUUCUUCUUUAAGAGGCUCCUCUGUCCUCCACUCGUUACCUGUAUUAAUGGCACCUGUUUGAACUUGUUAUCAGUAUAAAAGACACCUGUCCACAACCUCAAACAGUCACACUCCAAACUCCACUAUGGCCAAGACCAAAGAGCUGUCAAAGGACACCAGAAACAAAAUUGUAGACCUGCACCAGGCUGGGAAGACUGAAUCUGCAAUAGGUAAGCAGCUUGGUUUGAAGAAAUCAACUGUGGGAGCAAUUAUUAGGAAAUGGAAGACAUACAAGACCACUGAUAAUCUCCCUCGAUCUGGGGCUCCACGCAAGAUCUCACCCCGUGGGGUCAAAAUGAUCACAAGAACGGUGAGCAAAAAUCCCAGAACCACACGGGGGACCUAGUGAAUGACCUGCAGAGAGCUGGGACCAAAGUAACAAAGCCUACCAUCAGUAACACACUACGCCGUCAGGGACUCAAAUCCUGCAGUGCCAGACGUGUCCCCCUGCUUAAGCCAGUACAUGUCCAGCCCCGUCUGAAGUUUGCUAGAGUGCAUUUGGAUGAUCCAGAAGAGGAUUGGGAGAAUGUCAUAUGAUCAGAUGAAACCAAAAUAUAACUUUUUGGUAAAAACUCAACUCGUCGUGUUUGGAGGACAAAGAAUGCUGAGUUGCAUCCAAAGAACACCAUACCUACUGUGAAGCAUGGGGGUGGAAACAUCAUGCUUUGGGGCUGUUUUUCUGCAAAGGGACCAGGACGACUGAUCCAUGUAAAGGAAAGAAUGAAUGGGGCCAUGUAUCGUGAGAUUUUGAGUGAAAACCUCCUUCCAUCAGCAAGGGCAUUGAAGAUGAAACGUGGCUGGGUCUUUCAGCAUGACAAUGAUCCCAAACACACCGCCCGGGCAACGAAGGAGUGGCUUCGUAAGAAGCAUUUCAAGGUCCUGGAGUGGCAUUUCAAGGUCCAUUUCAAAGUCCGUGUUGCCCAGCGACAGCCCCAAAACAUCACUGUUCUAGAGGAGAUCUGCAUGGAGGAAUGGGCCAAAAUACCAGCAACAGUGUGUGAAAACCUUGUGAAGACUUACAGAAAACGUUUGACCUGUGUCAUUGCCAACAAAGGGUAUAUACAAAGUAUUGAGAAACUUUUGUUAUUGACCAAAUACUUAUUUUCCACCAUAAUUUGCAAAUAAAUUCAUUAAAAAUCCUACAAUGUGAUUUUCUGGAUUUUUUUUCUCAUUUUGUCUGUCAUAGUUGACGUGUACCUAUGAUGAAAAUACAGGCCUCUCUCAUCUUUUUAAGUGGGAGAACUUGCACAAUUGGUGGCUGACUAAAUUCAUUUUUUCCCCACUGUAAAUGUUGAAAGUGUGUUGGCGAUGGAGAGAAACAAAAUGGUGCAGUUUGAGGCCAUGUAGCGGGCGCUGGAGAUGGGGGUGUGAGCAGGUGGGUCUGGGCAGGGGUGAUGUUGUGGAUGUUUGUGAGCGUCUGUUUUGUAUUGUUUGUAAUCUUUACAAAAGAAAAAUGAAUAGAACAUGAUUUUUAUCAUGUCACAUACUGUACUGUUCUUCGCAUAUAAACGUUUGCCUAUGCUAUUCUUAUGCAUUCCAAUCUUUAUCAGUUGUUCAGUAUCAUUGGAACAUAUUCGUAGAACUAUAGGUAGUGCCUGUGAUAGCUUUGUAUCAUAGCUCUCUAUGGUGAACAACAACAAUCAAGAAAGUGAAGUGAAACAAGACCAUUUCACAUAAAACUAAGUAUUGGAUUUAUGAUUACCUAUGAAUAUUUUAUGUAUGGUCUGUAUUUCCUUUCUUAAGAUUUGUUCUCAAGUAACAUCCCUCUUUGUGAGGAUUGAUUGUGCAAUACUUUAAAAUUCCCACUCACUUCCCAUAAAUCUGUUUGCUGAACAGCAUUUUCUAUGAAAAAAAAAGUCAUGUUCAGCAGCUGCUAAAUUUGCAUUUAUAGAGUAGGGGAGGUUAGGAUUAAAAACAAAACACUGCUAGAGGCUGUUGCAUUCAAAUGCUGAGAUUAAUAUGUGUUUUAUGUAUUCCCUCAUCCUAUCCCUCAAUAUUCGAUAAAUACAUUGUGUAAAUUAUAUACAUUUUAUGCUUAUCCAGGCAAGUCAAUUUGGAAGAAAGUCAAUUUGGUAACACUUCACAUGAUGUUUCUAUUAUACCUGUUUAAUUACAAUGUCAUCUACUCUAACAUGUUUCUAAUUACAUUGUAUUUGUAUUGUAGUAACAGAACUGAGCAGUUGUGGAAUACCUUUGGUAUAAGGACUGAUUGAUUGAUUCUAUCAACAUGUACAUUCCCUUCUGUAUUGUUCAGGGCACAGUGUUGAACUCGUGGAAGGUGGUGUGGGUGGUGUUGUCUGAUGAUGGGGUGGAGUUCUUCAAGAGAAAGACAGACAGUGCUCCCAAAGGAAUGAUCCCACUGAAGGGAGCUGUUCUGACCAGUCCCUGUCAGGACUUCAGCAAGAGGACGGUACGGACACUACUAAAUACGAGUACAAGUGUCUAUCAUUACUGUAGUGCUCCACCUGACCUCACAAUUUUGGCAACAUACAAAAUGAAAUUAAAGUACAUUGAAAAACAUUCACCCCCCCAAUACAGGCAGAAGUUCAAUAAAGGUAAAAAAUAAAAAAACAUUUAAAAAAAACAUCAAACAUGUAAUAUAACAUUGCCAUUUUCUUGCAGUUGGUUUUUAAGCUCAGCACGGCCAAGAACCAGGACCAUUUCUUCCAGGCCACCCACCUGGAGGAGAGAGAGUCCUGGGUGAAGGACAUCAAGAGGGCCAUCAACUGUCUGCAGGGGGGCAAAACGUUUGCCAGGAAGUCGAUACGGAGGUCCAUUCGCCUCCCUGAUACCGUCAACCUCAGGUAGGACCUCUGACCUGUCUUACUUACCACCUAUGAUCCACGAUACGCUUACAAAUCAAAUCAAAUUUUUGGCCACAUGCGCCGAAUACAGCAGGUGCAGACAUUACAGUGAAAUGCUUACUUACAGCCCUUAACCAACAGUGCAUUUAUUUUUAAUAGAAAAAGUAGAAGAAAACAAAAAAGUGUUGAGAAAAAAAGAGCAGAAGUAAAAUAAAAUAAACAGUAGGGAGGCUAUAUAUGCAGUGGGGUACCGGUGCAGAGUCAAUAUGCGGGGGCACCGGCUAGUUGAGGUAGUUGAAGUAAUAUGUACAUGUGGGUAGACUUAAAGUGACUAUGCAUAAAUAAUUAACAGAGUAGCAGCAGCGUAAAAUGAUGGGGGUGGGGGGGGGGGGGGGGGGGCAGUGCAAAUAGCCCGGGUAGCCAUGAUUAGCUGUUUAUGAGUCUUAUUGCUUGGGGGUAGAAGCUGUUGAGAAGUCUUUUGGACCUAGACUUGGCACUCCGGAACCGCUUGCUGUGCGGUAACAGUCUAUGAGUAGGGUGGCUGAAGUCUUUGACAAUUUUGAGGGCCUUCCUCUGACACCGCCUGGUAUAGAGGUCCGUACGCACUACCCUCUGUAGUGCCUUACGGUCGGAGGCCAAGCAGUUGCCAUACCAGGCGGUGAUGCAACCAGUCAGGAUGCUCUCGAUGGUGCAGCUGUAGAAUUUUUUGAGGAUCUGAGGACCCAUGCCGAAUCUUUUCAGUCUCCUGAGGGGGAAUAGGCUUUGUCGUGCCCUCUUCACGACUGUCUUGGUGUGUUUGGACCAUGAUAGUUCAUUGGUGAUGUGGACACCAAGGAACUUGAAGCUCUCAACCUGUUCCACUACAGCCCCGUUGAUGAGAAUGGGGCUACAUUCAUGUCUUCGUAACUAUAGCCAUCAUUCAUUUGAUAACUUUCUAAGUAUUGUCUGCUUUGUUGUCUGCCUUUUCUCAGUGAGCUGUACAUUCUAAUGAGAGACCAGGAGGAUGGGGUCAAAGAGCAGAAGCUGGAAAACGAGAAGAGAGUCUACAAUCACUGCUUCACAGGUACAGCAGCACAUAACUUGUAUUUAUCCAGGUCAGACUCAAGAGAGUCUUGAGUCUCACUCACUGAGUCACAUUGCGAUAGAUCAUACCAGCUUUGAUUCUCUUCUUCAUGCAGGUAGUACGGUGGUGGACUGGCUGAUCUCUAAGGACAAGGCCAGGAACAGGCCUGAGGCUCUGAUGUUGGCUACAGGACUCCUGAACGAAGGGUUCCUACAGCCCGCAGGGGACGUGUCCAAAGAGGGGCUCGAGGGAGGGGCAAUGUCCACCUUCGUCGAUGAGCCAGAUGCACUCUACUACUUUGUGAGUGAAUGGAUUGAUUGUUUUUGUUAUUCAUGUAGCUGCUAGUGUCUAUAUAAUCUUCCAUAUUUGCUAGAAGAUCUGGAGAUCUGGUGGUCAUUGCUAGAAGACCACACAGACUAGGCGAUGUUUUAACAUUUCUGUCUUUAUAAACGUACGUACGUAAAAGCUAUAAUGUAUUCUAAGUGAGGAUGAGAUGAUGAGAUGAGAUAAUACUGUAUCCUAAUGUUUUCUUACCUUGUAUGGUGUGUUGCAGGCAGACAGUGGGUUCUUCUGUGAAGGCUACUCCAGUGAUGAAGACGUGAUUGUGAAGGAGGAGUUCAGGGGUAACAUCAUAAAACAGGGCUGCUUACUCAAACAGGUAAGACUGGCAACACUGUAAAUACUCAUUGAAUAUCUAGGUGAUGAACUAAUGUGAUUAUUACCGGAUCAGGUAUUUUGGGAUGUUCUGAAUGAUGCUGUAUUACAUACUUAAGUUAAUUAAAUGGAUGACAACAUAUUAUUGUCAGUAAGCAUCACUUUCAUUUUCAGAAUUACAGAUAAGUUCUCUUUCACGAAAAAAAAGGUGCUUCAUCGGCUGUCCCCACAGAAGAAGUGGUGGAAAUUGAGAGGGCUGUAGGCGUUCUAUAAAUAUGACCUUUGCGAUGAAGGAGGAAGUGAAAUUCACCACAGCACUAUGUCUGUGGUCGGUGCUGUUUUCACGACUGAUAGUGAUCAGAAACAGAAGAGCAGUCAGCCCGUCAUGCUCUCUUUUUUUCACCCCAGGGACAUCGGAGGAAAAACUGGAAGGUGCGGAAAUUCAUCCUCCGGAACGAUCCUGCUUAUAUUCACUAUUACGACCCCACCAAGGUACAGGAUUAGAGAGUGGAACCUCACACAAAAUUAUUUUUCAAGAACAUAACAUGAAAAACAUAUUUAUCUUUAUCUCGCUCUUUUCUAAUGUCUAUAAUUUAUCUCCCUCCUGUCUUUGUCUCUCGCUAAUCUGCUCUUUUCUCUCUUUAUUCCCCCUCAAUCCUUAUUUCUCUCCCUUCCCCACCCUCGCUCUCUCUGUAGGGUGAUGAGUACCCUCUGGGCUCUAUCCAACUGCGAGGGUCUGUGAUCACAGCGGUGGAGUUUGUUCCUGAUGGUGAGUUUAUUACUGCGGGACACAUACACUGAACCAAAUCCCACGCUGGCUCAGUGUGACUAGGACUAUGAAGUGUAAUUCCCUUCUAACUUAUUCUUCAAAAUGUUUUUCUUAAUCUUUUUUCGGCUCAGCCAAGAGGUAUGACGUUGAUGGGAAUCUCUUUGAGAUCAUCACUUCCGACGAGACACACUAUUUCCUCCAAGCGGCUACAGCUGAGGAGAGGAAGGAGUGGAUCAAUGCCAUCCACACCGUGUCAAAAACUGGAAAAUAA